AUGUCCUAUGGUUUCAAGAAGUCCAGCAUGCACCAACAAGCAUAUAACGUGAAUCUGGGUGACCAGCAUGAUUUGGAAGGGCAUCCUGGAGGGGAGGCCAGCCUGGUGCCGGGAAGCCCUGGACAGGAGGCUGAAGGAUGGCCAGAGAUAGUCGAGUACCAGGAAGAAUUCAGUGAGGACAGGGCUGGGGAGGACAGUGGGAAAUUCGAGGAGCACACCAUUGGAAGGAGGCCUGAGGGGGCAAAUGCCUUGUGGAAGACCCUGCAGCAAAAUAAUGUCAUGAGUUGUACAGAGAGUCCCCUCACCCCAACAGUCUCCAAGUCAGUAUCUUUCAGAAUAAACCCCAGAAACUUCUUACUGGAAGUGCAGGUAAGGGCAUGGCCAGGCUGGCUUCUGGUAUGCCAUGAGGGCUGGAACCCUGCUUUAGGGACCUGGAUCUGCAGACACCUUGGACAUCUCAGACUCAGUCACCACAAAGGAGUGAACCUGACUGAUAUCAAGGUCAACAGUUCUCAGGAGUUUCUUCAGUUUCUUCCUGGAUCAGGGGGUCGCUUGGAGGACAUGUGGCAGCACAGGCACAGCUGUGCCUUGGGCUGGGUUGUCUCCCUCAAAUGCUCAGAGUGUGGGGUCCAACACCUGACUUCCCGGAUUAUUGGUGGCACCUCCGCUGUCCUUGGGCAAUGGCCCUGGCAGGUCAGCAUGUUCAAGGGUCCCCAGUACUUAUGUGGAGGCUCUCUGCUGUCUCCAAGUUGGGUAGUGACUGCAGCCCACUGUGUCUACAGUCUGCCCCACAUGUCCAGCUUGAGGAUCUUUGUUGGGAUUGUCAACCGCGGCGACAUCGUACCACAUACUGGGGCCAUGGUGGAAAAGAUCAUCCUGCAUCCUCUCUUUAAAAUCCACAAGCAGAGACAUGACUAUGACAUUGCUCUGCUGAAGCUCCAGACCCCACUGAACUUCUCCAACACGGUGCAGGCUGUGUGCCUGCCAGAAAUGCAGCAGAAUUUCCCACAGGGCUCGAAAUGCUGGGUGUCAGGCUGGGGCUCCACAACCUCUUAUGUAGAGUAUGGCUCAAACACCCUCCAGAACGCCUUGGUCCCCCUGAUCAGCCCUGAGCUCUGCAAUAGCUCUUGCACGUACAAAGGCAUGAUCACUCCCCGGAUGCUCUGUGCUGGCUACCUGGAUGGGCACACUGAUGCAUGCCAGGGAGACAGUGGAGGUCCUCUGGUGUGUCUGGACCGAGGGAUAUGGCGCUUGGUGGGUGUGGUGAGCUGGGGCUGGAAUUGUGCAAAACCCCACAGACCAGGCGUCUAUACCAGGGUGGCUGUGUUCUCGGACUGGAUUCACCAUCAAAUUAGGGGUAAAGGAACAGCAGCAGUGGAUGAAGAAGGUGGCCAUCUUUUGGCACCCCUGACUUGA